AUGGCAGGCGCGAGAAUUGCUGCUGCUGCUGCUGCUGCUGCUGCUGCUACUUCCAAAGAGCUUGCUGCUGCAGCUGCCGCUGAAGCUGGCGCUGCUGAAGCAGCAGCAGCAGCAGCAGCGGCAGAAAAAGCAGUUCCAGAAACACUGAGACAAGGACAAGAGCUGCGACAGCAGCAACAGCAGCAGGGGGGGCAGCAUUAG